AUGAGUAGUAAUAAUAAUCAAGAUUCAAUGCAGAUUGAAUCUUCAACAACUACCAACAAUAAUAAUAAUAAUAAUAAUAAUAAUAAUAAUAAUAAUAAUAAUAAUAAUAAUAAUAAUAAUAAUAAUAAUAAUAAUAAUAAUAAUAAUAAUAAUAAUAAUAAUAAUAAUACCACCUCUACAAAUUUAAAAUUGUUCAUCCCUCGAGAGAAAUUAGGUUGUAAUAAUAAUAAUAAUAAUAAUAAUAAUAAUAAUAAUAAUAAUAAUAAUAAUAAUAAUAAUAAUAAUAAUAAUAAUAAUAAUAAUAAUAAUAGUAAUAAGAAUAACAUCUUCGAGGGUCUUUACGACCCCGAAGAUAACACAACACAACCCGAUCAACCUGAAAAAACACCAUCCAACAAAAAGAAGCCUCCCAAGAGGAAAAAAAUAGAAUUCGAUCAACCACCACCACCACCAAAACCAAAGGAGAAGAAGAAACCAGUAAAAAGAGUCAAAAAGGACGACUCGACCACUUUUACAUCUACCACUCCAAUGGAUCCUGAUGAUGAUGAUCAAACCAUCUCUACAACUACAACCUCCUCCUCCUCCUCCUCCUCCUCCUCCUCCUCCUCCUCCUCCUCCUCCUCCUCAGUUGACCCACCGGUUUCCAAACCAAAGUCAAAGCCUGCUGGAAAGAACAAGGCUCCAACGUCAAAGGCUGGGAAGCCUGCUGGAAAGAACAAGGCUUCAAACGCCAAUCGACCAUCAAUCAUCUUCAAAGAGGGUGAAUCGUUACCAGACUCUCAAUUAUCAUACACUUCAUACGUAAUGAAGUAUCCAACAAUUGUGAGUAACAAAACUCAAAAGAAAAAGAAGAAGAAAAAGAAAUCAAACUCUUCAUCAUCAUCAUAUUGGACGUUCAAAUCUAUGGACAUUACAGAUGACCAAUCAUCAUCAUCAUCAUCAUCAUCAUCAUCGUCAUCGUCAUCGUCAACAACGUCCAACAAUAUGGACACUACAGAUGACCAAUCAACAACAACAACAACAACAACAACAACAAUAUCACCAGUACCAACAAACGACGAACUAAUUCAGAGCAUUAGAAAGUUGGCCAAUUUUAUUGGAAAUCAAACCACAACUUUUCUCAAUCUAAUAGCCACCAACAACAAGUGCUUUGAGUCAAAUGGAACACCUGUUCCAUUUGUUGUUAAGUUUUUUCAAACUCAAUGCAAGCUUACUGAAAAUCAACUAAAAGAAAAUCUCACCACUUUUAGAUUUGACAGAACGUCGAUUGAAUGGAUGAUAAGAUACUUUGCUCUUGGAGGAGACGCUAUUUUUUCAGCAAUGGGUAAACAUCCGGUACCUCGUAUUGACACCGUGGAGGAUCUAUCCAAUGAUUCAAUUUACUCAUUAUGCUUUUUCAUGAAACAUGUUGCUCCAUUUUUGGAAAAAGAGAUGCAAAAGAGACCCAAAAUGCUUCAAAUGCUUCAAAAGUUGAGACAGUUCCGUUGUAACAACUCAAAAAACUGGGUUAAUGUGAUCGUGAUCAACAUUAAAAAUAAUAUCAUGGUUUCAACUUAUAACCAUUUAAAACAGUUGUUAAACACCUACAAGGAUAGGAAGAUAAAGGAUCUUGGAAAGAACCAAGAAGAAAUUAAAAAGGUUAAAAAGUUGGUUCGUGAUACUAUUUAUAAUUUUUCUAAUACGAGAUUAAAAAGAGCUGAGAAAGACCAACAACCAGUUCAAGAAGAAGGUGAAGAAGAUGAAGAAGGUGAAGAAGAUGAAGAAGGUGAAGAAGAAGAAGAUGAAGAAAAGAAAGCAGACCGUGUUGUCACAUAUGAUCUAUCAGAUGGUGUCUACAAAACCAUAGAAAUCCUUGGUGGUUAUAACCAACAAGUUAUUGAUGAGUAUAACAACUUAUCAGAUGACAAGAAGAAGAAAAAGGAAGCAAAAUAUGACAAUCGGGUGAGCAGAAGAAAAAAUAUUAUCAAAAAGAAAAAGGAAGAUGCUCACAAAAGAAGGGAAGCUAUCAUAAAGGAAAGAAGAGAAGCUUCUAUCAAGUUGCAAAAGUCCCCAAAUACAUCUUUGACAGUUGAUGAUUUGACAAACUCACCAUCUUCAUCACCCAACACAUCUUCACCACGCAACCCAAAAGGUAAAUUCAAUCAAAGAAUGAAACAUGACAGCAUUCGAAUCCGCGAGUUGGAUGAACUGAAGAAGAUCACAAUAGAGGCAGAAAAAAGAAAUGCUGAUCUCCAACAGAUUAGCGAUACCCGAACACCAACCGUGUUUAUUCCCGGGCUCAUCAAUAUUUCAUCCAUUAUACCAUCUCUUGGAUUUGAUAUCCAAUUCAUGUUUACAAGAGAACAUGCUAAAAACCUUUUGAAAUGUUUGGGUUUAAAAAAGGCCAAUGUCGAAAAAGAUCACGAGGGUAACCCAAGCUAUGCCAUCGCCACUCUCUUCCCAGGCUUGUACAAAUACGAUCCAAGGCUUUUCACAAACACCAAGAGGGUGUAUCUUCCGGCCACCCCUCCCACUGAUGUUGAAAAACAAAAGGAUGAGGAAAGGAGGAAAACAAACAAUGACAAUAGAUUUGCAAGCGCAUUAAAGAAAUAUAAAGGUAAUGAAGAUGUGGCAAGGGUAGCUGCUACUUUGCAAACUGGAGAAAAGGCAAAGAAUGCAAUUGAACAACACAACAAAUUGCAUGGUUUUAAAAAAGGAUCUCAUGAUAAAAAUCGAGCACUUCUUGCAAAAGGCACAAUAACUUUUUCGAAAGAAGAAAUGUUUCAAGAGAUAGUAAACAAAGGAGUAAAGUAUGAAAAUACCUCAACUACCACUACACCAUCUACUUCUUCAUCUUCAUCAUCUUUACCAUAUGUCACACAAGUUGCAAUGGAGAAAGAAUUUGCUGGAAAGUCUUUGAAGGAUGUCAUUGCCAUUGGUAUCGAUCCCAACACGUGCUCAAUUACUGUCGUUAACAAUCACGAUGACAAGGUUCUGGACAUGAGAAUGGAUACUCUUAUGGUUAAAAGAAACACCAAGUUUCUUUUAGAGAAAAUCUCUUGUCAUAUGGGAAAGGCCAUCAAAAGUUUUGAAUCCUGUUUACCAUCUCUCAAGUUCAAUGUCCUUAACCCUCAAACAUUCCAAUCUAGGCUGGACUAUUAUGAAAAGUAUUGUGAUUAUUUCGAUAUCUAUUUCGAAGCCAUCAAUGAUCCAAUCGUACUAUCUUGGAAGAGGAACUUUGCUUUCAAAAAGCAAAAGUUGAACAAAGAGUUUUACCAACAAUUUGACAACUACAUUCUUGAUCUCUUUAAAGAUCAUUUCCCAACCAAGUAUUCAAGUAUGAACGAUUCUGAAAGGAAUCAGUACAUUCAAGACAAUACAAUCAUAUUUUUUGGAAAUGCCAAAUUUGGACACAACACUCGUGGCAAGGUAACAACAUUUGCAGCCAAGACUGUUGCCAACAAGUUAAAGUCCAAACAAUAUUCCGUUGUCUAUAUUAAUGAAUACAACACGUCAAGACUUGGUAAAGAAAAGGAUGGAGGCCAACCGACCAAUGUCCAACAGUGCUCACCUAUCAGCGAAGCAUGUCAAUCCGCUGCUAAAGGUAAUAGUUUCCUUCGAUGCAGUGACCACCGGCAUCGUUUAGCACUCGUCAAGCAAGACACCCAUUCAAAAGAAUACAAAGAGUCGUUGGGGUUCCUCAAAUCCAUCGAUGAUUUGGACAAGAAACUCCAAUCACACAAUCUUUUGAAUGUGGCAGGUCAAUGUCGAACAAGGAAGGUGACACCGUCAGAUGUUGCCGGUUCGGAGACUGAAUCGCGUCAGGACUCUCAAAAAGUUGCCUCGACCCAAUCGUCUUCGUCAUCAACAAAAAAGUUCGACUAUCGACACGGACAGAAUAAAUAUGGUCCAGAGAUUAGAAAAUUUGGAAAAAUGGUCACCGUCCGUCAAGAUAUGGAAAGACAAAUUAAUUGCCAGGGUAAAAACCGAGGCAUCAACACAAUUUGGGCUCUCAAAGGCUCAAAUGGCACUAUUAAAAAUAAUAAUGAAACUAUUAAAAUGUUGAGGACAACAAGCACUCCCCUUUUAAAAGUAGUCAGACCACACUCUUUUAUUUCUUUUUUAACCAACAACAUCAAGUCUUCUAGUACUACUACUACUACCUAUAAAUACAAUAAUAGUAAUAGUUAUCUAGAAAGUAAUAACAAUAACAAAUACACAACUAUUACAUUUAAUAGUACAAACAAAUAUAUUGUUAGCAAUCAUCAUCAAUAUUAUAAUAGAUCAUAUUCAACCAAUAAUACAACAACAACAAAACCAACAAUGUCAGCUGCACUUGAUAUCGAUCUUGCAUUAUUAAACAGUCACUUUGUACCAGUUGAAGUACCAAUCUACAAAUUAGAUGUAACAAGCUCUUUUCAAAAGUUAACCAAUGAUGAAAAGUUGUAUGCUCAUCACUAUUCCCAAGCUUCAUGGCAUGGUAGUCUUAUUUGUUUAGGUCAAACUUCAAAGGAAUCAAUUCCCAUCUUUGAAAUGUUGACUAGAAUGUUUACUUUGAAGAAUGCAACCGAGUUAAAGGCUAAAGUAGUUCCAUCGCUCGUCACAGAGGCUGAUUACAAGGCUCUCUUAAACUAUGCCACUCAAUUCUAUGGUAACAUGGGUAACUAUUUAUCAUUUGGUGAUUCAAAGUUUGUUCCAAGAAUUAAAAAGGAACAAUUAAAGUCUAUUGUUUCAAGCUUUGAUGAUUCCCAAUUGAAUGAAUUAUGGGGCAAGUGUGGUGAUUUAAUCUAUAGCUUGGGUGUUAGAGAGAGAGAAUUGGGUUUUGAACCAAAUGGUAUCUCUACCUAUUACUCUGAUGACAUUACAAAGGCCGAGAUUGACAAGGUACAAACUUUUAUGGAUGAAAAGGGUAUCUCUGCUUACAACACUCGUCUCUUUAAAAAGGAUGGUCGUUAUCAAUUAUUAAUUGCUUCUGUUGAUAAAAAACCAAUUCAAUCAUUUAAAUUUAAUGAUUAUGAUAUUGAUAUUGUUUAUGGUGAUUGGAAUCAAUAUCUUUCAAAGGUAGUUUAUCAUUUGACAGAGGCACUUAAAUAUUGUGCAAAUGAUAACCAAAGAAAGAUGACUCAAAAGUAUGUUGACCAUUUCCAAGGAGGCAAUGUAGACGACCACAAGGAUUCUCAGAGAUUCUGGAUCAGAGAUAUCUCACCAGUUGUAGAGACCAACAUUGGUUUCAUUGAAUCCUACAGAGACCCAUCUGGUGUCAGAGGUGAAUUUGAAGGUUUUGUAUCUAUUGUCAACAAGGAAAUGAGUCUCAAGCUCGGACAACUCAUCAACCAAGCUGAAAAGUUCAUUCCACUCUUACCAUGGACCAAAGAAUUUGAAAAGGAUGUAUUUAGAAAACCAGAUUUCACUAGUUUGGAAGUUUUAACUUUUGCUUCAACUGGUGUUCCAUCUGGAAUUAAUAUUCCAAAUUAUGAUGAUAUUAGACAAAAUGAAGGAUUUAAGAAUGUUAGUUUGGGCAACGUAAUCUCUGCUCGCAAGGAAGAGAAGGUAACAUUUAUCGUCGAUCAAGACCAAGCCAUCUUUAACAAAUUGAUGGUUACAGCAUUUGAAGUUCAAGUUGGUAUUCAUGAAUCGUUGGGACAUGGUAGUGGAAAGUUGUUUGUUCGUGACGCCAAUGGAGAGUGCAACUUUGACAAGAACACUAUCAAUCCAUUGACUGGUAAACCCGUCAACCCAGAGACUGAAGCAUACCAAGGAAAUGAAACCUAUGACUCCAAGUUUAAGAGUCUUGGUUCUGCCUUUGAAGAGUGUCGUGCUGAAUGUGCCGGUAUCUAUCUCUGUGUCAACCGUGACAUGCUCUCUAUCUUUGGACAUCACGAUCAAGAAGCUUUGGAUAUUUUCUAUGUCAAUUGGUUGAUUAUGUCUCGUUCCGGUCUCUGUGCCCUCGAAUUCUACACACCCGAGACUUCCAAGUGGCGUCAAGCUCACAUGCAAGCCAGAUAUGCUAUCCUCCAAGUAUUGUUACGUGCCGGACAAGGUCUUUUGACCAUUGAAAAGAGUCACGACGAUGUAUUGGUCAAACUUGACAGAACCAAGAUUGAAAGCGUCGGUAUCCCUGCCAUUGGUAAGUUCCUCAACGACCUCAUGGUCAUCAAGGCCACCGGUGACGCUCAACGUGGUAACAAGCUCUUUGACGACUACACUGCCGUCCCAAGCGACUUCCUCGCCAUCAGAGACAUUGUCUUGGCCAAGAAGAAACCAAGAAGAGUAUUUGUUCAAUCACACACCAUUGCCAAUGGCAACAAUGUCACUCUUCAAGAUUUUGAUGAUACCCCUGAAGGUGUCAUUGAAUCAAUGGUCACUAGAUUCAAAAUGAGUAAAUUAUUAGAAUAUGCAAAUCAUUGCUUAGAAUCAUAUCAACCAACUACAAUUGUAGCUGCUACUGCAGGUAUUACUGCUGCCUCUGUUUUACUUUUUAACAGUAUUUCUGAUCAAGAUUUUAGAAAACAAAUGAGAAAUAAAGUAUUUAGUACAUUAAGAAGUGCACCAGGUGUAAAGGAAAAAGUAAAGGAAGAGAGAAAGAAAAUCAAAGAUCAUCUAAAGGAACAAUUCCAAACCAAUCCAAAGCACUCUCACUACACUUUGCCAUUGAAUGGUAUCAAGCAUGAUGACAUUCUCGAAUUUAUGGACGAGUUGAUGAAAAUAGAUGAGAGCAAGUGGAAAGACAGCAAGGUCAGUGGUUGUGUCUAUCUCGGUGAACAAGAACACUCGAACCUUUUGAACAAGACCUAUGGCAUGUUCUCACUCACCAAUCCAUUGCAUCCAGACGUAUUCCCCUCUAUCAGAAAAUUCGAAACUGAAUCCAUCGCCAUGGUUGCCAACAUGGUUAAUGCUCAUCCAAAGGUGGUUGGUGCAAUGACUAGUGGUGGAACUGAAAGUAUUUUCAUGGCUGUUAAAGCUUAUCGUGAUUUCUAUAAAGAUAAAACUUCAAAUCCUGAAAUAGUUGUACCAAUAACAAUUCAUGCAGCAUUUGAUAAAGCAUGUUCAUAUUUAAAUAUAAAGAUUAGACAUAUUGAAGUUGGAGAUGAUUUCAAGGUUGAUUUGAACAAGGUUCGUGCAGCCAUUACUAAAAACACUAUUAUGAUUGCAGGAUCUGCUGUCAAUUUCCCACACGGUAUCAUUGAUGAUAUCCAAGGACUCUCAAAGAUUGCCAAGGAACACAAGAUUGGCUUGCACGUUGACGGAUGUCUUGGUGGAUUUGUAUUGCCAUUUGCCGAAGAGUUGGGAUACGACAUUCCAGUGUUUGACUUUAGAUUGGAUGGUGUCACUUCCAUGUCGGUCGAUACUCACAAGUAUGGUUACGCUUCCAAAGGUACCUCUGUCGUUCUCUUUGGCAACAAGAAGCUUCGUCGUGCCAUGUACUUUACCGCACCCAACUGGCCAGGUGGUAUCUACGCCUCACCAACCAUGCCAGGUAGCAGACCAGGUGGUCUAGUUGCUGCUUGUUGGGCCUCCCUCGUUGCUCAAGGUAGAGAUGGUUUUAGAAACAAAGUUAAAGAAAUUAUGAUUACUACCAAAAAUAUUAUUAAUGGAUUAAAACAAAUAGAAGGAGUAUCAAUUAUUGGUGAUCCAAAAGCCAUGGUAGUAGCAUUUACAGCAGAUAAGAUAUUCUUUAUAAACGAUCUGAUGAGUAAGAAGGGAUGGCAUUUGAACACACUUCAAAAGCCAGACAGUUUACAUCUUUGUGUGACUGCCAAGCACAUUGGAAUGGACAAACAAUUCCUUCUCGACCUCAAGGACAGUAUCGAUGAAUUAAAGAAUAUGAAAACUCUUCCAACCGAUGGUAUGGCUCCCAUCUAUGGUACUGCCCAUUCCAUUCCAGAUCGUGAAAUGGUUGGUGUCAUCCUCUCUGAUUUCAUCGAUACUCUUAUUACUUCUGAUGUUAAACCAAAUCAAUCAACUUAA